AUGGCGGAGACAUCGACAUCCGGAGCGUCACUCCCCGAGCUGGUACCCAAAGCCUCCUUCAUCGAGGAUGUCAGUGAACACCUCCAAGGUGCAUCAGUCGAUGAUGCAUUGAAUGAGCUGCGGGGGGCCCACCAAAAGUACAAGUACAUCGAGCAGGAGAUUGUGCAGCGGAAGCAGCGUCUGGCAUUUAAGCAACCAGAGAUCGAGAAAUGCCUGGCCAGCGUCAAGCUGCUGGCCGCUCAAAAGGAAGAGGGAACAGAGGCGGUGCUGGACUUUGCGCUGUCCGACCAGGUAUUUGCCAAGGCGCGGCUGGCGAAUGUGGAGGCGGUGAACCUGUGGCUGGGAGCAGGCGUCAUGCUGGAGUACUCGCUGCCAGACGCGCAGCAGCUCCUGGAGACGCAGCUGGCGGGGUGCAGCCGCCAGUUGAGCAUUGUCCAGGAGGAGCAUGACUACAUCAAGGACCAGAUCACCACCACAGAGGUCAGUGCGUGUCGUGAGGUGUCCAUGGCGCGAGUGUACAACUACGGCGUCUCCCAGCGACGGACGGCGUCUGCUUGA